UCUUUAUUUAUUGUUUCUGCCCAGUCUUCAGCCUUAGAACUGCUCCAGUUGUGUCUCAGCUCAGAGCGUAGGUGGAAUAAAACCACAGACUUCUGUUGAACAUUAGAAGAAUCUCUACAGAUUCACCCGCAGUGACCACUCUGACUCCACUCACACUCCACUCACAGCACAUUGAGUGUUACUCAUACCCAAUAUCUAGCAGAAGCCUGAGCAGCCAUCCCCUUGUAGGUAAAUAAGCCUGGGAAGGAGAAAGAGGACAGUGUUCUGGACAAGCUGAGGAACUGAUCCAAUACACAGAGAGAGACAAAGUGAGUGGAGAAGAAAAUUGCACAGAGACCAAGAUGGAGGAGGAACACAGCGGAAAAAUAAAGAGAAAACCUCAUUCUGUCCCUGAUAUGGUCCAUAAGCUGGAAAUAGAGAAAUAUGAGCUGGUCGGGCAGAUAAAUGAACUGCGUAGUAUGUCUGAUAUGUUGUCUGCCUUACUGGCACAGGAAUCACAUGGAGCUGCACUAUGUGGGGCUGAGGGGGCACAUAAUGAGGGGGGCACAGAUGGGAUAAUGGCCCCUGGAUUGGCUCAUAUUGUGCUGGGUAUAAGGACACGGAUCUAUGGGCAGGAGGCUACAGACCUGUUACUGGAUAUAAACACGGCUCAUAAUCUUGUAUCUGUAUCAGGGGACAGGAAAUCUGCUUCCUACUCACUAACACAACUACAUUACCCACAAUCCCCAGAGAGAUUUCAGUAUUGGCCUCAGACUUUAAGCAGCAGGACUUUUUCCUCAGGGCGACAUUACUGGGAAGUGGAGGGCAGUGAAUCAGGAGCCUGGGGGGUAGGGGUGACCUAUCCCAGUAUAGAGAGGGGAGGGUUUCAGUCUGGUAUAGGGAAUAAUAAGAAGUCCUGGUGUUUUUGGAGAUGGUAUAAUAAUAUCUAUUCAGUAAGACAUGACAUGAAUCAAAAAAAUAUAUGUGAGUCUUCUUGCAGGAGAAUCAGGAUCUUACUGGACUAUGAGGCUGGACAUGUGUCCUUUUAUGAGCUGAGUGAGCCAAUCAGAUACUUACACACCUUCACUGCCACAUUCACUGAGCCCCUCCAUGUUGCAUUCAGGUUAGGGGGGGCUGAUGCCUGGGUGAGAAUCAUUAAAGAGAGAGAAAAAGGAGCGGAAGUACUAACACAAGAGACAGAAAGACAGAUAAGAGACACUGAGGAUUUGACCCCAGACAGAGAGACGUUGUACCAAGACACCCAGAUGCAGGAGGAGGAUGCUGUGCCUCAUAUAAUCCACAAGGGGGAGACAGAGAGGGAAGAGUUGGUCCCAGAGACUCAGAUGCAGGAGGAGGAUGUUGUGUCUCAUAUAAUCCACAAGGUGGAGACAGAGAGGGAAGAGUUGGUCCCAGAGACUCAGAUGCAGGAGGAGGAUGUUUUGUCUCAUAUAAUCCACAAGGUGGAGACAGAGAAGGAAGAGUUGGUCCGGCCGAUACAUGAACUGUGUAACAUGUGCGAUACAUUGUGUUCUUUACUGGCACAGGAAUCACAUGGAGCUGCACUGUGUGGGGCUGAGGGGGCAGAUAAUGAGGGGGGCACAGAUGGGAUAAUGGCCCCUGGAUUGGCUCAUAUUGUGCUGGGUAUAAGGACACUGAUCUAUGGGCAGGAGGCUACAGACCUGUUACUGGAUAUAAACACGGCUCAUAAUCAUGUGUCUGUAUCAGGGGACAGGAAAUCUGCUUCCUACUCACUAACACAACUACAUUACCCACAAUCCCCAAAGAGGUUUCAGUGGGAUACUCAGAUUUUAAGCAGCAAGAGUUUUUCCUCAGGGCGACAUUACUGGGAAGUGGAGGUCAGUGAAUCAGGGACCUGGAGGGUAGGGGUGGCCUAUCCCAGUAUAGAGAGGGGAGAGUAUCAGGCUUGGAUUGGAAAUAAUCACAAGAGCUGGUGUUUGUGCAAGGGAGAUAAUUGCACCUAUAAAGUGGUACAUAGGAAUAAAUAUUUACCCAUCAAUCCUUCAUGUGGGAGAAUCAGGAUCUCAUUGGACUAUGAGGCCGGACGUCUGUCCUUUUAUGAGCUGAGUGAGCCAAUCAGACACUUACACACCUUCACUGCCACAUUCACUGAGCCCCUCCAUGUUGCAUUUGGUUUAGGGCUGGAUUCCUGGGUGAGAAUCAUUAGUUAGUCCCCUACCCAGUGACUGAAAUAACAGCAGGUGUGUAGGCAGGUAGUGCAGCCUGGGAGUGGCCACCUGAGAGAGGAAGCAGGGGGGCCUGGCAGAGAGAACAGCCACGAGGUGGAGAGAGAGAAAGACCAGGGAGCUUCAUGUGGGCCCAGAGAGCUGAGAGGCCCCACCAAAAGCUGUUAUUUGUAUCAGGCUGGUACAGGGAAGCCACAUACUGUGUCUGGAGAGACAGGGAGAGGAGUCCAAAUUGGAGGAAUCAGCACUUGCAGGGGAUUUCCAUCUGAGUAUCCAAUGGGACUGGAGUUGCACUGUGUGUCCAUAAGUGUUUGACUCACCUGAAGAUUCUGUGUAAAGUAUCCUAAGAGACUGAGAAGUGAGUAUUGUUAUCAUUCAUACUAAAGGAGAACUCAGAGAUUACAGAGACUGUGUUGCAUUGGACUGAGUGUAUAGACUUUAUUUCUUUUAGUUAGUCAGACAGUUUGCUCCUGUGAAGUUAGUGAGACUCUAGUGCCACCUGUAAGGAGUGUUGUAUGUAUAAGUUGCCCAUUUACUUUUAUUUUUUGUUAUUAAAGAUUUUUAUUGACUUAGAA